AUGGCUUCCCAGAUGGAGUGCUUCAACGACUUCUGCCUGUCCUGCGACCGCCAGAUCGCUGAAAACGGCGUCUACUGCUCCCAAUCGUGCCGCCUCGUCGACAUGGAGCGGGCUGGCAGCACAGCACAAGCACCCUCGCAACUGUCAUCAUCCGCUUCCUCGUCGUCCUCGUCCAACAACGGCUUCUACCUCGCCCCCGCAAUCAACUUCUCCGCAUACAAGGGAGCCUCGAGUUCACAAGUGCCACCAGCGAGCCCGUACCACUACUACCCAACCGCAAAUGGCAGCUACUUCGCACCACCAACCGCAACGAGGCCCUCCCCACAGCGCAGCCUGACGCCCUCGUCGUCACGAUCGUCUCUAGCCUCGCAAUCUUCCCAGUCCCAGUCCGGCAUCUCGCAACAAGCGGCAACCCAACUCAACAGCUACAUGCGCUCCUUUGACCAAACACGCGACGUCAAGAGGCGGUACACGCAGUACUAG